AAAAAUCAACUUUUUCGCACGCGCUCGCUUGUCGCGACGACAAAUAAAUAAGAAACAACUUCCGACUCGAAAGUAAGAAGCAUUUCAUUCCCUCCUAAAGGUAAAAUGCCGAAUGCCGUGUAUCGUCCCGUUGCCAGUUCACCUGAGAAGCAUGACAGGUUUUCGACCUUCCGUGAUUUCUUUUUGUUAGUGGGUAAUAUCGUUUGGACUGUAAUAUCGUCUGCUUUUAACGCUGUUUUCGUCACAAAACCGAAAAAAUCUCUGAAAGGGGAAGUGGUUUUAGUGACUGGAGCCGGAAAUGGACUCGGAAGAGAAUUAGCUUUGAAGUUCGCCGAAGAAGGAGCAAUUCUCGUGUUGUGGGAUGUUGACGAGAGAGGUAUCCAGAGAGUGGCGGCUGAAAUCAACGAGGAGGGUGGAGAGGCCCAUGUGCACGUUUGUGACAUCAGCGACCUAUCUCAAGUACAGAGGGUGGGGCAAAAAGUACUGCAAGAAGUGGGUGACGUCACAGUUGUUGUGAAUAAUGCAGGAAUCCUUCAAAAUGUACUCUUUUCAAACCUUGAUCCGGCCAAAAUAAGGAAAACACUGGAAGUAAACAUUCUAUCUCACUUCUGGAUCAAUAAAUUUUUCCUCCCGAGGAUGAUGGCAAACGGAAAAGGACAUAUUGUGGCUACGGCUUCUGUUGCAGGAUUGCGAGGAUGGUUGUAUCUGGCAGAUUAUAGCGCUUCGAAGUUCGCAAUACUGGGCAUGAUGGAAGCCAUGGAAGAGGAAAUGCGAUUUCUCGGACUGGAUGACAAAAUUCAUUUCACUACCGUUUGUCCAAUGACUAUAAACACAGGAAUGAACCAGAAUCCCACUACCAGAUUACCGUCCAUUGUUCCUAUUCUGAAAGUAACAGAAACCGCAAGAAUCAUUGUGGAGGCCGUACAAAAGAACGAACGCCUGAUUACUGUUCCCAGGAGUCUGCUUUACCCUCUAUUAUUUCUCAGAUUAUUUCCAAGAAAAAUCGCCCAGUUAGUCUUUGAUUUUGCAGAAUAUAAUAUGCUACCAAACAGCCAGGAGAAAUCGCUAAGUUCAUCGUAGCCAAGCAAAACAUAUUAGUACUUCCAAUUUUUUUUUAAGCAAUUGAUAUUCCCAACACUUAUUUUUUACUAUUUGUUUUUUAAAAUAAAAUCAUUCUCGGAAUGAAACUAUUUUCAGAUCUUUUUA